AUGUCGCGCUGGGGGCGUAAGAACGUGAAGAAGGCUCCGGAGGUGAUCCGCACGGUGACGGAGGGCCUCAAGUCGCUGUACCGCAAAAAACUACUGCCGCUAGAACAGUACUAUGGCUUCCACGACUUCCACUCGCUCAGCCUGGAGGACGCAGAUUUUGACAACAAACCCAUGGUGCUCGUGGUGGGACAGUAUUCCACUGGGAAGACCACCUUCAUUAAGUACCUACUGGAACAGGAGAUUCCUGGCAGCCGGGUGGGACCCGAACCCACCACCGACUGCUUCACCGCCAUCAUGCACGGCGAAGUAGAGAGCGUCAUACCUGGGAACGCCCUCAUUGUGGACCCAAACAAGCCUUUCCGAAAGCUCAACCCUUUCGGGAACACCUUCCUCAACAGAUUCCAGUGCGCCCAGAUGUCCAAUCAGGUGUUGGAGAGCAUCAGCAUCAUCGACACCCCUGGAAUCUUGUCUGGAGCUAAGCAGAGAGUCAGCCGAGGCUACGACUUUCCCGCCGUGUUGCGCUGGUUCGCCGAGCGCGUGGACCGCAUCAUCCUCCUCUUCGACGCCCACAAACUGGAGAUCUCGGACGAGUUCUCGGAGGCCAUCGGCGCGCUGAAGGGCAACGAAGACAAGCUGCGGGUGGUCCUCAACAAGGCCGACAUGGUGGGGACCCAGCAGCUCAUGAGGGUCUACGGCGCCCUCAUGUGGUCUCUGGGCAAGGUUUUCGGCACCCCCGAGGUUCUCAGGGUCUACAUCGGUUCCUUCUGGUCCGAACCGCUGAUGGUGACGGACAACCGCAAGCUGUUCGAGCUGGAGGAGGAGGACCUCUUCGCCGAUAUCCAGAAUCUUCCUCGGCAUGCGGCGCUGCGCAAGCUAAAUGACCUGGUCAAGAGGGCGCGCCUGGUUCGGGUGCACGCUCACAUCAUCAGCUACCUGAAGCAAGAGAUGCCGUCCGUUUUUAGGAAGGACAAUAAGAAAAAGAACCUCAUCUAUCAAUUGCCCGUCAUCUUCUCUAAGAUUCAACUGCAGCAUAACAUUUCUGCCGGAGACUUCCCAGACUGUGCCAAGAUGCAGGAGCAACUGAUGGUUCACGACUUCACCAAGUUCAAAACCCUGAAGCCCAACCUGAUGGCGGCCCUGGACGAGCUCCUGUCCGUGGACAUCGCCAAGCUGAUGCCGCUCCUGCGCCAGGAAGAGCUGGAGGCCGGCGAUCAGCCCGGCGUGCAGGGCGGCGCCUUCCUGGGCAGCCGCGCCGGCCCCUUCGGCGAGGGCGACCCCUUCAGGGACGAGGAAGAAGAGCCCUGCGACGACGGUGAGGAGGAGCCCGACAAGUGGGUGGUGACCAAGGACAAACCCAAAUACGACGAAAUCUUCCACAACCUGGCGCCCAACGAGGGCAAGCUGAGCGGCACCAAAGCUAAACACUGGAUGGUCAGCUCUCGGCUGCCCAACUCGGUCCUGGGUCGCAUCUGGAAGCUGUCCGACGUGGACCGGGACGGCAUGCUGGACGAGGAGGAGUUUGCCCUGGCCAGCCACCUGAUUGAGGUCAAGCUGGAAGGCCACGGACUGCCCCCGGAGUUGCCCGUCCGCUUGGUGCCGCCCUCCAAACGCAGGCAGAAAGGCUCCGAUGCUUGA